AUGAUGAACAAAGUGAUCCUCAGUGCUUUGGUGGUCCUGUUGGCUUCUGUUUCCAUAAGUGAAGGAAUGACUCUCAGAAGCUUGGGAGUUGAGCUGCACUGCCGCUGCAUCCAGACAGAGAGCAGACCCAUCGGCCGCCACAUCGAGAAAGUUGAGCUGAUCCCCGCCAACUCCCACUGCGAGGAGACAGAGAUCAUUGCUACAAUUAAAAAGACGGGCCAGGAGGUAUGCCUUGACCCCGAGGCUCCAUGGGUGAAGAGAGUCAUUGACAAGAUCCUUAAAAAGUAA